AUGGAGGCAGAAGCUCUUCCAUUAGUGAACAUCUUGGACCUGAAGGAAGACGUGCCGCCUCGUAUCGCACCCCCUGCACCAGCUGUAUCCUACACAGGGGAGAAAUUCGGUAUCACUGUCCAUGUGGUUCGCAAUGGCAAGUGCCAGCUGCAUGGUGUGGACAAUGUGGGCACUGUGCCGGCAGCUGUCACAGCGUACUUGGCUGUGCACGAGUUCAAGCCAGACCUGGUGAUCAGCGUGGGGACGGCCGGCGGCUUCAAAGCGCGCGGCGCAGCCAUCGGGGAUGUCUUCCUGGCGACGGCCUUUGCAAACCAUGACAGGCGCAUUCCCAUCCCGGGGUUUGACAAGUAUGGGGUCUGGAGGAUAGAUGCGGUGCCUGCGCCCAACCUCAGGGAGGCACUCAGCUUAAAGGAAGGAGUGGUGUCGUCUGGCAACUCGCUGGACUAUUCCAAGGAGGACUGGGAUCAGCUGCAUGCCAACGAGGCUGCAGUGAAGGAGAUGGAGGCGGCGGGGAUCUCAUGGGUGGCACAUCUGCACAACGUUCCCUUUCUGGCGCUGAAAAGCAUCACCGACAUUGUGGACGGCGACCGGCCGCCGCAGGAAGAGUUCCUGGAAAACCUGCACGCUGCUGCCCAGGCGCUGCAGAGGGUCAUCAGCCCAGUACUGGAGUUUGUGGCGGGGAAGAGUGUUAAGGAACUCUAG